AUGUACACUUUGUCCGUUGAUCAGCAAACGCCAACAAUCUCACAUACGCCUCCAAUUCGACGAAUACGCAGUGAUAGCUGGUCCCGAGGCGAAGUGCAGAUCAUGGGUCUUGCUGCAGUUGUGUUCAUCAUGACCGUGGCUUUUUUCGGGAUUUCCGUCGUGAACUGCCUCGGGCGACUGAGAAGACGACGCCAAUUGCUCAAACGGAAACAAAUGAAAGCUGUUUACUUCACGAAUCCAUCUCUACCUCCAGAGCAGCACGUUCAAGGUGGAAGGCCUGUAUUUUAA